AUGACGACUAACUAUUUAGUGCCAAACACUAAACCGAUUAAUGGAAAUGUGUUUCAUUCAUUCGAAAAGAUAAAUGAAAUAUUCGCAAAGAAUGACGGUAGAAGAUAUUAUAGAGAACUUGAAAGUUCAUGCUAUGACUCUGAUGCUCCAUAUUUUGAUGAUAAACAAACUCAUUUAAGAAUUACAAAUCCAGCUCAUGAUGUGAACCAAUUAGGUGACACAUAUAUUAAACGCAAAGUUAAAGCAACUCUAGUUUCAAAUAAAGCUUUCACAUGUGAUGCCGCUUUUAAAUGCAUGCGUUUAUUCGUUGGUUACAAAUCAUCAAAUCAAAGCUUUAAACAAUUAGAAGUAGAAACCGAAAGAGGUGAUGCCGGUUAUCUUCAGAUGGAUUGCGCCCGUGAAUCUUUCGCAUUUGCAACAUAUAAACCAAAAUCAGAAAGGAAAGUUAAAAAGUUUGUUCAUUCGUUAUAUA